AUGUAUAAUGGAAUAGGCCUUCAAACAGCACGUGGUUCAGGUACCAGUGGUCAUAUUCAGACGAAUAUUGCAGGAACAAAAUUUGUUCGGAAGCCAAAGAAUGAAAAUCUUGAUAAAAUUGUAGAAAAAGCUGAAUAUGAAUUAAAUAAAGGACCUAAUUUAGAGUUAUUAGAACAUGAAAGAAAGCGACAAGUAGAAAUUAAGUGUUUGCAUUUAGAAGAUAAACUUGAGGAAGAAGGUAUUCCUGAAGAUGAAAUAAAAAAGCCGGAAAGUUUAAAGUUGAUGAUGAUUUGA